GCUGCGCAUGCGCCGCCUGGAGGGAAUGAUUGAGAGUGAAGGGAAAAGAAACCACCGCCGCCGCGGCUCCGGAUUGGCCAGAGGCGGCGCGGCUUCCUCGUCACGUGACGUCGGCGGCGGCUAUUCCUCCUCCCCGGCCCCCUCCCUCCCCUGUCCCCGGCGCGGAGGACGCUGGAAGCCAAGAUGGCGGCGGAGCUGGUGGAGGCGAAAAACAUGGUGAUGAGUUUCCGGGUCUCAGACCUCCAGAUGCUGUUGGGCUUCGUCGGAAGGAGCAAGAGUGGCCUGAAACACGAACUGGUCACCCGGGCAUUGCAGUUGGUCCAGUUUGACUGCAGCCCAGAACUCUUCAAGAAGAUUAAGGAGAUCUAUGAGACCCGGUAUGCCAAGCUCUCCGACCCUCCAGGGCACCCCACGCAGCAGCAGCCUCCCCCGCCACCUCAGCAGCCAUCGGUACCCCCCCAGCCCCACCGACCGCCUCCUGAUGGCCUUUCCCUCCAUGCUUCCUACGACCGUGGCAGCAAUGCGGUCGCCCGGACUGCCCUCUCGUCCUCCAACAUUGACUAUCCCGCCCUCUACGGGAAGUACCUAAACGGACUGGGGCGUUUGCCCGUCAAACCGGUCAAGCCGGAGGUGCGGCUGGUGAAACUCCCUUUCUACACCAUCCUGGACGAACUACUGAAGCCCACCGAACUUGUCCCACAGAACAACGAGAAGCUCCAGGAGAGCCCUUGCGUCUUUGCCCUAACGCCACGGCAAGUGGACCUGAUCAGGAAUUCCAGGGAGUUGCAGCCAGGUGUGAGAUCAGUCCAGGUUGUACUCAGAAUCUGCUACACCGAUACUAGUUGCCCUCAGGAAGACCAGUACCCCCCAAAUAUCGCUGUCAAAGUAAACCACAGUUACUGUUCUGUCCCUGGCUAUUACCCCUCCAACAAACCAGGAGUGGAGCCAAAGAGGCCUUGUCGUCCCAUCAACCUCACCCAUCUCAUGUAUUUGUCUUCCGCGACCAACCGCAUCACAGUUAUUUGGGGCAAUUACGGAAAGAGUUAUUCCGUCGGCCUCUUCCUCGUACGACAGAUGACGUCCGCCGAGUUGCUGCAGAGGUUGAAAACCAUCGGCAUCAAACAUCCGGAGCUGUGCAAGGCACUUGUGAAAGAGAAGCUACGCCUGGAUCCAGAAAGUGAAAUUGCUACCACUGGUGUCCGGGUCUCUUUAAUAUGCCCACUGGUAAAGAUGCGCUUGUCCGUUCCCUGCCGGGCUGAAUCCUGUGCCCACCUUCAGUGCUUCGACGCCGUUUUCUACCUGCAGAUGAACGAGAAGAAACCUACGUGGAUGUGUCCUGUCUGUGACAAGCCAGCCACAUACGAGCAGCUAAUGAUCGAUGGGCUGCUGUCGAAAAUCUUGACAGAAUGUGAGGAUGCCGAUGAGAUCGAAUACUUAGUGGAUGGCUCCUGGUGCCCCAUCAAGGCCGAGAAGGAAAGGAGCUACAGCCCCCAGUGUCCAAUACUAGUCAUGGGCAGCCCUGCCGGGGCCACUUCGGACAUAAACGGGGUGCCUCCUCCAGCCCCCAGCAUGGAGAAUGGGAAGGUCCCAGCUGACGUGGUAGAUUUAACACUGGACAGCUCAUCCUCGGAGGAAGAGGAGGAGGAAGACGAAGAGGAGGAUGAAGACGGGCCCAAAAGGAAGGUGCCACGCCUCUACAAGAAUGGCCUGGCCUCCGCCUGCUGACCAGAGGGGCAGCUCCAGAAACUUCCGCAUGGAAAAGCUUGAAUACCUUGGUGCUUAACUCAGAUAUAGGAGGAGGGGCUUCACACCCCUCACUUAUCCCGCCCCUCUUCCAUCUCCUCCUCUUCCUCUGGAGCUUCCCUUUGACUUCCCGGUUCCAAGUUUAGACUAUGAAAAAUAAAGAGAGUGACCCGUCUUGGUGAGGAACGGAGCUGUUGCAUGUCAGAAGGACCCACUCAAGAGACGGGGAAAGAAAGAGAGGCCACCUCCAAUUUCUGCUCAGCUCGGACUGCCUUUGGAAACAAGAGGCGCCCUUCCCGGGCUCCAAGACCUUUGGGGGUUGCCACUGACUCAGUUUCCCUUCUCCACUGCCCUCUUCCUCAUCCUCUCCCGAACUUCUUGACCCCCACUUGCUUGUUUUGGGGGGAACUGUAGGGGAACAACUGGACUUUGGCUGAAUGGAGCUGGGCCAAACCCCACCUGUGGGCUCCCCAAACUUUCCAAAAAGUCUUGUGCAUCUUUUCGGGGGGCAGGGAGGUGUUUACCUCGUUCAGCAACCAUUCCCAAUUCCUUCUUUCUUUUUGUCCCUCCUUUCUUGCUCCUAAUCCACCACCAAACAAUGUUUGCUGGACUUUUUGUUUUGUUUUUGCGCUGGUUGGAGAGGUCUUAAGGCUCCCAAUUUUGCUUGUCCUCUCCGAUCCCGUUCUGCAGGCGCAUGAGGAAAGAUUCAGGGCAGGACGGGACGGAGGCAGAAUUAAAGCCAAGGUUCCUUGGGGUGGCCCAGCAGUCUCCAGCCCAGGAAGAACCUCAUGUAAAAAAGGAAAGGUUGGAACUGUCUUAUUUUUUAGCCUCUUCUCAAAAGUAAUGUAGAUGAUAGCCUAGUGACUCUCCACUUUUCAAAAAGUUGAACAGAAGCCAUGGGGGGGGGUUGAGGUUUGGAGGGGAUACGUGGAGGGGAAGGGCUUGAACCACCAAUCUGUCAUUUGUCAUUUUUUCCUCCUUUUUUCCUUUGAAGUGCAAUAACUUGGUGUGUUUUGGAAGAGCUGCGUGUUCCCCGCAAGGGCUUCAUCUUGGGAUGGGGGUGGCAUUGUUUUUGCAGGGAGUGUGUGCCAGGAGGAGGGGUGGGGAUGAUGGGCCUUCUGGAACAAGAAAUGCCAGGUGGAGGAACUCCCUCUCUCUCUCUCUCUCUUUUUCCUUCUCAGUUUCUAGCCAACUACCUCGGUUUCAAAUGAACGAAUAAAUAAAACUAAAAAUUCAGGUGUUAGGUCCGUCACGAGAACAGCAUGGAGCUGAGCUGGGGCUGAAGGCGGCAUGGGAAUGACUCUCUUUUCCCUUCAAAUUGCCUUUGGACUGCUUCAGUGUCUCCUCUUUGUCCCUCUCGUCACGUGCGCUUGUGUGUUUUGUGGAUCCUUCUAAAAUAUGACCCAUCUCUCAUCUUUCUCUGCUUGGCCUCUGAGACCCUCUGCUAUGUGGCCUUGGCUCCUUCAGACUUUUCUCGCUGGCAAGGGAAAGAAAACAGCCCCCCAAACAAGGUGGCACCCCCCAUCUUGUGUCUGCUGAGGGUGUCGGAGGCGAAUGGUGCGUAGCGUUUGUUGUAUUUGGCUGGACCAGCGAGGCUGGUGAGCGUAACUGGAGGAGGGAUGGAGCAAUUGCUCUUGUAACUCCCUCUCCAAAUUGAAUUGGACCAGGAUUGGGAUGUGUUCUUUUCUCUUCCCUCACCUUCCUCCUUCCUCUCCCUUCAGUCCAGCUGCAGCAAAGGCAGAGCUUUGAGGGUGGGUUCUUCUUCUUCUUUUGAGUUUCCAAAAUGCUUUCCCCCCUCCUUCCCCACAUCUUCUUCCCUGCCUCUGCCAGUCAGGCUGAGGUCCCUCCUAGGAAGUUAAAAUUAAAGUAACAACAGAGUGAAUCCAAACUCUUUAUUUAACAGUUAAAAUAAUAACCAUUAAAAUAGCAGAGGGUUGUUGGUUUUUUAAAUAAUGCCAAUAGUGGUUUGCCAAGUGCUGCGUUUUCACAAGGAAGGGCAUUUUGUGUGUGUUUGUGGUUUUAGAAAUAAAACCUUGGAACUGAAAAGGAGCUGCUCUUCUUGUUUUUUGCAGCAUUGGGUUAGACAGAGCUCCCUCUCUCUUUAUGGAGAAGGACAUCUCUUUUCUGGUGGGGGAAAAAAAGCCUCCCAUAUUUAUUCCCAUAUGUUUCAAAAUCCCCAAAAUUGAUAUUUUGGACAUCUUCCAAAAGUUAGAACUUUUGGGACGGUGAGCACUUGUUUUAUGAAACCAAGCUUGAUAUUGGACGUUAGAUCAUUUGAAAUGGUUAGCUCUUCUCCCUCUCUCCCUCUCCCCCCCAAAUCAGCAUUUUUUUCCUAUAUUAAAAAGCCCGUUUAAGGGACUCUUAGGGACCCCCUGGGAAGAUGCAGCACCAAAUUGGCCAAACUUUCAAUUUCUCUCCCCCAAAACCUCUGGAAGCCAGGUUGGGGCAGCCAGGUUGCAGUGGGGAUUCCCCACUGAAUCUAUUUUUCCACCACAACCCAUUAACUUAAUUAUUUUUCCUCUCAAACAAGCAUCUAAAGAAAGGAUAAGCAAUAUAUUUUCCUUGACACGACCCGCAUGCCUUCCAGAGCCAUUUUAGAGUUUGGGCUGAACUGUUUUUCCUUGUAUAGAUCGCAGCUUACGUUAAGGUCCUUCUCCUUCCUCAGUGUUUGGAUCCUAAUUUAAUUGUGUGUUCAAUCUCCCUUGGGCUUUCUUUUCUUCCCUGCCCCUUCAAACCUUGUCCAGCCUGCUGAAACUUUGCUUUCCUGUCUUUCUCUCCAUCUCCUCUCCUUUUGUGUCGGUCAGCUUUCCAUUCUGUACAUACAUUUUUACUUAACUCCCCCUUUCCUACUCCUACUGCUGCUUCAUUUUUCCUCCCUUCUCUCUCUCUCUCUUUCUUUUUUGUAAAGAAAAGAAAUUAUUUUUCUUUCGUUCAAUACAUUCUUCAGAAACUCAAGAACUAUAGUGUUUGUUAAAUGAAUAAAAAGGAAAUAUUUCAA